GCCUCUGCAUUUUUGUCUGUCUGAACGCUACAGCAGCACAGGGGGGGAAAAAAGAUUGAGGAGAAGGAACAAACUGAAGAAAUGUGACAAUCCAACGAUUAUUUUCAUGGCGAGGUGGAAACUGGAGCGAAAGGAGUUAUUCUGGGACUCCUUCGAGCCUCGAACCGCUGGAUCAAAAUGCUCAUAGUGGAGAAGACCACAGACUUCCCCUCUGCUGAGUUCUCGCUGGUGGAGGAUGUGGCUCUGCACUUCACCUGUUUGAUGGACAGGCUGAACGAGCAGCGCCUCUUCCAGCCUGACCUGUGUGACGUGGACAUCGUCCUGGUGCGUCAGCACAGCACCUUCCCGGCUCACAAGGGCGUGCUGGCAGCCUACAGCCCUUUCUUCCACUCUCUGUUCGCCCAGAGCAAGCAGCUGCGGCGCGUGGACCUGUCCCUCGAUGCCUUGACCUCCCAGGGCCUGCAGCAGAUCCUCAACUUCAUUUACACCUCCAAGCUGCUGGUGAGCAGCCGCACCGUGCGCGACGUGCUCAACGCCGCCACGCUGCUCCAGAUGAGCGACAUCGCCGCCUCCUGUCGCGACCUCAUCAGCAGCCACUCCCUGAGAGCCACCUGCGCCGACAUGGCCAAUCAGGAGGGGCUCAGGAGCGGCGGCCCGGCGGCGGCGAUGAUGCCCCCCGCCCAGCUCUACCAGGAGAUCAAGCAGGAGUCAGAGCUCAGCAGGGUGUACAAGAGAGAAGGCAGCAGCCCGCUGUCUGUCAGAGUGGAGGACGGCGGGAAGGCGGCGUUGCAGUCAAAGCAGUACUACCAGAAAGAGGAGGGGGGCGGAGCCGGCAUGGGCGUGGCCACUCUGUGUAAAGUGGAAAGCGGCGGAGAGGAGUCGAAAACAGCCGACGGACACACAUCCUUCAACAGGGAUCAGAUCAUCGUCGAGGUCAACCUGAACAACCAAACCCUGAACGUGUCAAAGGGAUCGGAAGGUAAAUCUGCGUGUGCCACGGAGGCCAUGUUUGGCCGUUGCCACGACAACGUGCCAGACUCAGAAUGCGAUGAGGAAAAUGAGCGGGAGAACGAUGACGCAGCGGAUGACGGAGAUGAACAUCUGAAGAGGUGUGACAUACUGGGACAGAGCAGCGAGGAGGAGGAGGAAGAUGAGGAGGAGGAGGAGGAGGAGGAUGAAGAGGAGGAGGAGGAGAACACCCUUAACAUUCCAGGUUUGGAGCACCCCCCCAUGAUGGAGAGGCCCCGUCGGGGCAACAGAGCUCUGGCUGUGGCAGGAACCACCGCCGCCAUGAGGCAGACGCUGGCCGAGGCCACGCUGGCCAACCAGCGGCACGGCGGGAAGAGGACGCCGGACACGGAGGGGCUGGGCCAGAAGGUGAGGCUGGAGGAGAAGCAGCACUUCCCCUGCAAGAAGUGCCCCCGCAUCUUCAACAACCGCUGGUACCUGGAGAAGCACAUGAACGUCACCCACAACCGCAUGCAGAUCUGCAAUAACUGCGGGAAGCGCUUCCUGCUGGAGAGCGAGCUGCUGCUGCACCAGCAGACGGACUGCGAGAAGAGCAUCCAGUGUGUGACGUGCGGCAAGGCCUUCAAGAAGCUGUGGUCACUGCACGAGCACAACAAGAUCGUCCACGGCUACGCCGAGAAGAAGUUCUCCUGUGAGAUUUGUGAGAAGAAGUUUUACACCAUGGCUCAUGUGAGGAAGCACAUGGUCGCCCACACAAAGGACAUGCCGUUCACCUGUGAGACGUGUGGGAAGUCGUUCAAGCGCAGCAUGUCCCUGAAGGUUCACUCUCUGCAGCACUCGGGAGAGAAACCCUUCAAGUGUGAGAAUUGCAGCGAGCGCUUCCAGUACAAAUACCAGCUGCGCUCCCACAUGAGCAUCCACAUCGGACACAAGCAGUUCAUGUGCCAGUGGUGUGGGAAGGAUUUCAACAUGAAGCAGUACUUCGAUGAGCACAUGAAGACACACACUGGAGAGAAGCCGUACAUCUGCGAGAUCUGUGGGAAGAGCUUCACCAGCCGACCCAACAUGAAGCGCCACCGGCGCACCCACACCGGGGAGAAGCCGUACCCGUGCGAGGUGUGCGGCCAGCGCUUCCGCUUCUCCAACAUGCUCAAGGCUCACAGGGAGAAAUGCUUCCGCGUCAGCAACCCCUUGGUCACCGACUGCAGCGCCCCCCUCGGCCUGGACCGGCUUCUGGCCUCCCCCACCGUGGACUCCUCCGGUCAGGUCCAGCCGGGCGCCGCGGCCCCGACCACGUCUGCACACACGCCUGCUGCUGCCUCUAACCCCCACUCCCUCCACCUGUCCCUCCCCCUGCUGCACUCCAUGGGGGGGCUGCCCCCGGCCUCGCACUUACCCCCGCCGCCUCCGUUGUUCUCUGCUGGUAGGGUAAACUCCAACAACUAACACAUCUCCGUAGCAUUAAAAGCACUUUGUUUUUUUUUUUGUUUCCUUGUUUUUCUUUGAGCUUUUCAGAGAAGCGGCAGCGGGAGAGCGAUGCACCUCAGAGACAUUUACACAGAUGGUGAAAGGACUGACAAAUGGCUGAAUGGAGACCUCACAACAAUCACCUACAGUACACAGAUCCCACAACAAGAAACUGUUAUUUUUUUACUCUGUUGAAGACAGUAGAUAACCUCCGAGUUCAGUGUGGUGGUUAAUCCUCUUCAACGAAUCCUGGUUUUUAUUUGAGAUUUGCCGACACGACACACAUCUCUCCAGAGUCUUGCACAACGCAUAGAUUGUAGCAUCCUUUCCCAAGUGGAUUUAGGAGUUUCCUGACCCUUUCCCAAAAGGAAUGGAGAUUUGAGUAAGAUAUAUAUUUUUUGUUCUCUGCCAAGAUGUAGCGAGCGCUUAUGGUCUGACCCAGCAAUAACCAAACGCUGAUUUGUCUUUGAACUUGUCCUUGUAUAUGACAUCGCCAAUAACCAAAUCCUCUUAGCUCACGUGCUCUAGUUAGAAAAAUGUAAUACAGCAUUUAUAACCGCUCCUGCACCUUACAUUUAACUCCAGUGAUAUUUAAAAUGUACUCCUAACUGUCUUCGAUUUUUAUAUGUGUAAUUUUGUGGCGUCAGUUUCUAAGGACGUUGGCGACAUUGCGAUGCGUGGAGAUUUGGCCGUGCAAUGGAGUGUGAUGUGUUUGUGAUGGUGUGCAUGUGUGUGUGAGAGAGAGAGAGAAAGAGUUGCGAUGCAAAGACCAGAGCGAAGUGACGCUUGAGUUUCCCCAAAGUCAGGAGAUGAAUUUGUUUGACUCUCAUCUUUUGCUUACAUUAAGCAAGCACACUUGUCUCCUGCAGAUCCCACUGUGUGACGAUAUGGCGUUUCUGUCACUUCUUAGUGAAGAAUAAUGUACGUAAACCCGAGUUACAUGCAGCUUGUUUUCCAACUAAACCUGAUUUGGUUGCAUAGUCUAGAAACAAUCAAGUUGAAAAUGAAAAUGUACUCUAGUAUAUGAGCGGGAAGAUUUCUUUAAAGUAGGAAGGAACUAAUAUUGCAAAAAAGGUUGAAAAUAUUUAAAAGGCUACAUGUCUUUAAAAGUAUAGAAAGUGAUUAUUUUUGGCCCUGCAGAGCCUGCCACUAAAGAGCUUCUUACUGUUACAUCACUUCUAAACGACAGUGAUUUUAGUUAAAGUUUUAGUUUUGUUUUUAUUUUUGUAUGAAAACGGUGAUCUUCAGCAGCUAAGUAAAGUCUUGGACCUACAGUGUAAUGCAGUAUAAUACCAAUCAAAAUCUAUUCCCUACCAGAGUAGAUACGGAAAAGAAAAAGAAAUCCAACCUCCUUCAGAAACACUCAAAAAAAUGGUUGGACAUUUCUAGAAAUGUGUUUAUUUGGAUUCUCACUAAGAGUUGGAUGAUAAUUUCAAAACCACUCAAAGAUCUGUUGAUCCGGCUCGACUGGAAAUGGCAGUAUUGGCGUUGUUUAAAGGCAGAACUCUCCUUCUAAUACCAUCUCUAAAGCUCCCUUAUUUACACAAAAAUUCAUUUUUGUCAAAUCAUACAUAUCGGUUUUCUGCUGCUUACGCAGAUCCAUGUCCAGGCUUGGAAAGCCCCUGGUCCACAGCCACCCCCUCAAGCUCCUUCGAGGGGAAACGAAGCCAUUUUUCAAAUCCACUGAAGGACAUACCUAACGUGAAGUAAAAUACUUCAGAGCACAUGUCGUCCACUUUAACUGGUCCUUUUUGAUGUGAAACAACCCCUCAACCGUCUCAUCAGAAGGAUGCACAUCACUGCCUCCUGGUUCUGCGUCCUGUUAUUCUGGUUACUGCUUUUGACCAUAGUAGAGGGGGGUUUAUGGAUGGAGAUCAACCACUCUGUCUUUCUGGCUCAGAUACACGAUCAUUUUCCCUCUGCAUGCACAACUUCACUAGAUUUGAUUGCAGCAAGUAUUGUUUGCAGUUUCUCACCGCAUUCCAUCAGCUUAAAACCGGCAGGAAAAAUGGUAUCAGUUUUGGGAAAUCAGGAAGCGUCAAAUUGAAUUGAGCAAUAACCUGCAGUAGAAAAACUGCACCAGUGUGUCUGACAAUCUCCCACUCCAUAUGUCUCUGAAAAGAUUAAAAUCCUCCACUACAGGCAACAACAACGCAUCCCCACCUUGGAGUUGGUCGAUGAAGUUGCAGGGCCUUUUACUCAGAGCUGUUUUUCCCGUCAUUUCCAGUCGUUAACCAGAAACGAGUGGCAUCUUCAACUCAAAGUAUGAACACAAAUAAGGAAUCUUCCCAGACAUGUUAGUCAGUUUCAUAAUAAUUGUCUCUGGGCACUAAUGAUGCGCUUACCUUUUGUAUAGUCUUUGUGCAUUGUAGCAUUAACCUGUAUAUACGGUUCAGAUGUGUUUAUUCCUUGUGAUCUUCUUUUUUUUUCUUUUCUUAUGUUUACAUGAAGAGUCAGUUGAAUGUGCCCCCCACACGUGUCUCGGCUGGUACUAUGGAAAGUUGAAAGUGUUUGAUUGCUUUUGUAAAUGUAAUAAGCUGUUUGUUGUUUUAUUUUGAAAGGCAAAUUUGAGCACCAUUAUGUUGUAUUAUGUCUACCCCGAAUACACGUGUAUCUUAAACUGCCAUGGGUAAAUGUUAAGGGCCUGCAUCAAACAUUGUCUUAUAAUGGUACAGUUUAGUUUUAUUUUUUAUGAAAACACAUGUGUCAAACACAUGUUUUGUAUUUUGAUUUGCUGUUUUUGUACAGGGUCCAGUUUGAGACUGCCCUUUAAAAUUAAAGUCUAGAGCUGUUGGAUUGUAAUUUAGCUGAAGGAUAUUCUGGCUGUGAUUAAAUCCAGUUUAGCCUAAGUGGACGGUGAACUACUCGGUGAAAAGGAGCUUGAAUUUACACACUCGCAGUGAUCAGCAGAGGUGACUGCCCAUAUUUUGAAAGUCAAACUGAACUUUAUCAUAACAAAUGAGAUCAAUUUGCAAAAUAUAGACAAUGAACAUGUCUUGAAAGAAGCAGAUGUAGCACUACAGAAACACUGCAACAAUCACUACAUGAUGUAAAUUUUAAAGCCACUCCAUGUAGUAAUACCACUUCUGAACACAUGGGGGCAUCUCUAUCUGCUGCAUUGACAAAAGUGCCACAGCCAAUACCGUGCUAAUGAGUGGGGGCUGUAACACAGCAGUGUCUCAGGAGUAGCACACUUCAUUGUGACACGUUAACUUUUUUGUGAUAUGCUGUCCCCAUGUGGUCAGGAAUCUUACAGCUACGCAGAGGGGCUUUAAAGUGAUCUCUCUGCUAUGUGGCAGUUCAGUAGACUGCAGUUGGUCAGCAACCCUGCACUUGAACAAGAGAGAAACCUCGCUUAAAAGUAAAUCGUCAUUCACAGUGUCACUCGACAUGUCACUGGAGAAACCCAUAUUACUUCAAGAAAAAACAAAAUAGUCAGGUUUUGUUUUGUUUUCCUUUUCCCCGUCUGGAGAAACACUUUCCAAAGAGACAAUGCUGAUACUGUGGUUUUAGUUUGUGUAUUUGCCUUAUAAAUGGAUGAAUUUGAAUGCUUUUGUGUUUUGGACAGUGUUAUUAGCUGAUGGUGAAAGAGGAGAAAUAGUAGUUAGUACUACUGAUUUAUGCACUUUGAAUUUGUUUGCCACGCUAGCAAAUGAUGGGGCCAUGCAUGCAUUUACAAGUUGAAUAGGUAGAAUCGAUGAGUAAUGAUUGAAAAAUGUCCUUUUUCUUUUUUCUAGAUUUAUACAAAAUGUUUAAUCCAGCUAGCUUUUAAUUGUACCAUGAAUACACUGACAGAGAUGGUUAGCAAACAUUAAAGCCACUCUCUGAAGUAAUACUGUAUCUGAACACAUGGGGUCAUAUAAGGCGCGUUGCCACAAACAGAGUCCAGGGUAAAUCUGCCAGACAGGAACCUCUAACAGACCGUCUCCUCAGCCCCUUCAGCUGGCGUGUCUCCAUUACACUGUAGCGCCUCACAAGAAACUUAAAAAAUAGCACAUCCGACCACGAGGUGGCGGUAAUGCACAUCUUUUCUGUUUACAAACGGCCACCAGCAUUAAAAAAGACAAAAACGAAGAAUGCAGCAGAAGCAUAAAGAGAAGAAGAAACACGUAAACAAUGGAUGCUACUUUAUUUUUGUUUUUACGUAAACCACAGUCAUACACAUUGAGAUUAAAAGAACCCCCCCCCCAAAGCGGACCUCUAUAUUGGCAUAAUAUGCCAACAAGACCUGAACCGACUUGCUGGUUCAUCCAUCGUUUUUCGUGUCUUUUUUCUAACGUUUUCUAAUGUCAUCAAAUGUACUCGUAGCAAAAUGUCUCUGGUCCAAAAGCUUAAAUGAUUUGUGGUCACAUGAUUUAUGUUCCCGUGAGAGUGCUGAAUGUAAUUUAGAAAUCACAAUCAGCAGAGAGCCUCUGCCAGGAGGUUCUUGUUGGCUAACCGGAGUACCUCUCCUACGACAGGGCAGUUUUUCUCCCCGUAAAGGUUCCUGAAGGCCAUUUUUACAGGGUCGUUCAUGGUAAUGGAGAUACGCCCCGAAAAAUCUGCCCAGAACUCCCAGUAGUGGAAACACGCCUAUAGGGUGGUGGAAACACGCCAAGAGACCGGCUUUGUUGAUAAAAGAGCCACUGAUAAUAAUAUGCUGAUGAGUGGGGACUGUCCGGCACGUCUUGUAAUACCCCAGUGUUUCACUAGACGUGCACUUCAUUGUGUCUUUAGCCAGAGGCCGACACAUUAACUUUCUGGUGAUAUACUGCCCCAAUGUGGUCAGAAGUGGAAUUGCUACAUUGAGUGGCUUUAAAAACUAUAAAAAAAAUAUUUGCGUAUUAUUUGUUCAAAAUGGAUCAGAGUUUGUAGUUGGUUCCACAUGUUGCCAGUAUGGUCAAGCUGAAGACACUUAGUAGGUGAUAUAUGUUAACUUCAGUGUUGGAAGAAUAUGGAAAGGAAUUGUGUUCAUUGCCAAAUUGAGUAAUAACAAAUAUAUUAAUUGUAAAAGCACUACAUACUCCAGUUCAGCCACAAGGGCUUUACGGUAGACAUCGUAGCACUAUGCUGCAAAUCUUUUGGUGAAAUGACUGUAUGUGUUAAUGCAACAGUUAGAAAUUGUUUAAAUUCAGGCGAUCCAUCCUAUAAACAAAUGCUGUUGAUGUCUCUUUUGUUUAAAGGCUCUUUCAGUCUUCAAAACUGAAUUCCUAUUUUAUCUGCUUAGGGGUCGAACCCUGAAAUUGGCUAAAAAUAAGUGCCUAUAAACUACCAUUUUAAUAUAGAUUAUUAGACGUGACUGACACUGAGUAGAUUAUUGAGCUUUUAAGACUCCUGAUUUAACAACAAAAUAUUUGAAACAAUUUGGAAAUUGAGUGAAUGCCAAAAUGUCAAUGUAUAAAACUAAAUCAUUAGUUUUAUGCCAGUGUAUAGUGCAGAGACUGUACGUGGAAGUCUAAAUCCACCACGAAGAGCUGAGUAUGUGUGGUAAUCCUUUGUCUUACAUAAUUUAGAGAACUCGUCUUCCCUAAAUCCAGCAGCGAAUACAACACCGUCACACUGCUGAAGCAAUAAUACAUUGUGCCGUUCCGAAAAACAUCUGGAAAACUUGUAUUGGCAAUUACGCAUUCCUUCAUCUCUUAAAUGCUGAAAAGAAUCGAACAAAAUGUUGUUGUAGUGAUGUGUUUGACUCUGUUUUAUGGUUCAGAAGGGCUGAGAGCUGAGGAAGGAAUUUUUGCACAGUGCACGAGUCUUAUAUUCAAACCAGGUUGACUUGUGAUUUGCCAGAUUCUCUUAAAGAAGGCUUUAGUCUAAGACCUGUAUCAGAUUAAACAAAUGAGGACCUGUUCUUGUCCUUAAAUAAUGUUUUAUUUGUCAUUAACACUGUGGCGAGAUGCCACUGAGACGGUGCAAACAGAAGUUUGCCAUAUAUUGAAACUUUUCCCGUGUUUUCCAGUUUGAGUCCUAGAUUUUCUGCUCUAAUGUUAGUCCUGGUCCCAGAUAUCCAACAGAAAGGUGAAAUAACAAGCAUUUAUCAAAGUAGACAUGUUUCCUUCAAAGCUAUUAUUUAAAAUCAACGUCAGUUGAAUAUGUCAUGAGACACAGCUGCUUUGUCUAACCCUGGUUUUGUUAGACGAAGCAUUUCUGUUUCAAUGAAGAUGAGCAUUAAAAUGCGUUUUACACUCAAAGAUUUAUUUUAAAAUUGAUCUACAACAUUGAACUAAUGUGUCAUGCCUCCCUUAGGAGGGAUACACCCAUCUCUCUGUUUUCUCUUAAAACGUCUCUGGCAAGCCUCUUCUCUCCUCCAGGCGCAUUUUGGAGUUGAAACAUCCUUUAAAAUAUUUUGCCGAGAUUGUUUUUCAAAUCACGGGCAGCAUGAAGGAGGAGAGAGGAGCUGAAUGAGAUGAGCUCUCUGAAAGUGACAUUUUAGAGCAGAGACUGUCAACUGAAGUCUUUUUCCCUGUUGGGUCGUGUUGUUUUGACUUUAGCUCCUAAAACCGAGGAGUCAGACUCAAAAGAUUUGAUUUUGUGGCCUUCACCUUUUAAGUAAUGGGAAAAAUGCCAUCUGGGAAAAUGAUGAGUAUCACUCCAGGAGGAUAUUGCAUUGUUUGUUUUUUUUUCCUCAGUGUAUUUGUGUAUGUAUGUUUUUUAAAAAUCCCAAAUUUCAGCUGCUAUAUGGUGCAUCAAAAUUGAAAAAAAAAAAAAAAAAAGUUAAUUAAUUGAUUAAUAUAAAAUGUGAGAAGUCGUACAAAUAACAGUGUUCCAGCAUUUGAUGUACAACCCUAAAUCAAAAGAAGAAAAAUAGUCAUGACGAUGAUAAAAGCAAAUCUUUGACAUUUAUGUUACUUCAAGCUGUAUGAACCUGCAAUAUUUCAUGUUACGUCUCAUCAGCUCUGCAGGUAGACCAGUAUUUUUUUUUUCCAAACCUGAAAAACAAAUACGAAUAGUUAUGAAUAUCUAAAUGAGAUUUGCAAUACAGAACAGUGGGGUUUGUACUGUCUCCACGAAAAAAAAGAUUAAAGUAAAUUUAAAGAAUUAUUUCUAUUUUCUAUACUAAAACAGCUUGUUUUGAUUUGGGUUUGUGUUUUAUUAUCUAUAAGUUUAUCUUCUUUAAUAGCGGAGCAAAUCUUUUGGUUUUGAACCAGACAAAAGCAUUCAUAGACAUUGUGUGCUGUUAGAAGCAUCGUUUUAUACAUUUUUCUCAAGAAAUUAACCAACUGAUGAAUAAAAUAAUAGAUUUUUACCAGCUCAGGAAUCAAAAUGAUCAUUAAAUGUAAUUGGUAAAAAUAACUGUCGAGCAUCAUGUUUAUCUUGCCACUGCUUAGUUAAAAAGAUUUAAAAAAACACACAUUUGCUGAUAAAAUGUUAAGACACACGAGGAUACAAGCCUUAGUUUCAUUGUGGUGUGUGUUUAAAUCAAAUGAUAUGCACUUAGCGGCGCUAAGCGGCUAAUACCAGCGUUAUUAGCUUUGUUUGUUAGUUUUGUUGACUUUAAUGUAGCUAGAGUUUAUACAGCAACAAUAUUACAAUGUCAGUGCAGUACAUGGAUCAUUAACGUCACACGCGCAUACUGUUAAAGCGUUGUGAUUAUUUUUAUUUAAUUUUAUUUUUUCAGCUCCAUAGCCUAUUGGAAAAAGGCUGCUGCUCCAGUGUUAAACUAGCCACGCAGCGCUCUUGAUUACUCAACAAACUGUCACUGCUCUGCUCUCAAGUGUCUCAGCCAUCUCAAUAUAAAUAAAACUGGAAAUGUGUUGGAAAAUUGGCCCAAAAGAAACGGAGAGGAAGUGCUAAACAGUGAUAGAAUAAGUCAUCAUUUCAGUGUAAAACUUUUGAGUCGUUUGUAACCUGCUUGAGGAUAUAUAAUGACAUUUUUGGGAUAAACAGAUUUGAUGAUAAGCAAAGGCAACAUAUUUAACUAGUCAUACCCUUAUAAUGCAUUAAUGCAUUUCCCACACUUAUUCAAACUGCAGCUUUGUUAAAGAAACCAAGAUCUGUACUGGUAUUUGCUGAUUCUCUACCGUUUUAUGUAAACACUACAGUAUAUCCUCUGGUGUACAAAGCCCAUGUAUGCAGUAGUUGUCACAUUCAGCUCUAGUGAAAUACUAAAAAACAGUGCAAAGACAGUAGUGUCUAGAGGUGCUAAUAACAUUAGACUGUAUUUUCUGUCUUCUAUUGUAUUAUGACUGGUGUUAACUGUCUGUAACACGGCAAAUCGUAAUUAAAUCAUUUCAAUAUUAAACAA